AUGUCUGAAAAUCAAGAGAAGAGGAGGAAAAUUGAACUAAAUUCCAACGCUACAGAUCAACACACCAUAACCGAUGCUAAUAUAUCUACAACAGUACUAGGUGAUAGCAUUGUAAAACCAAAGAAACGUACAGUCAAAUAUCGCUUCGAGGAAUUGAAGAGAAAACCAAUUAAAAAUAAUGAAGAACCUGUUGUCCUAAAAUCAAUUCCCCAAUCACAAGUUUUAAAUACAGCUUUCAGUAAGAAUCGCAGGGAAAUUGAUGCCAGGAAAGUUUUACAACCGGCUCAUAAGGCCCUCAGAAGGGUACCCUCAUACAAAUCUAAGACCGAAGAAACCAAGGAUGGAAUUAAGAAAGAAAGAGAAACUGAUGAGAUGUCAGAUCAUGUUAUAUGGAAAUAUAGUCCUAUAUAUAAAGGGACACCAGAGAGAUCAACCAAUAGUUCUCCAGAUAGAGAAAAGGAAUAUGUUCCUAAUCUAUCGAAUCCACCUUCAACACCAACAGUUUCUAAUAAGUUAAGAUCCGUACUUAAUUUUACGUAUUUGAAUGAUUCGAAUGAAAAUAUACAAAUUCCAAUUGAAAUUACUGAGGGGAUGAGUGAUAUUCAAAAAUCUAAACAAAACGAAAGAAACUCUUCAAAAGAUUUAUUGAGGAAUAUAGAUGAUAUCCUAACUGAAAUGAGAGAGGAUACAGAUCUUCGAUUGAACUCUGAAAGAAUAAAUGGACUGCCAUCAUCACCAGGAACGUUAGAUCGUCCUGAGACAUUAUUAUUAGAAAAUGCAGUAGUGAAGAUCGAGGAAUCUAAGAACAGAUCAACUAUAGAAAACAUUCAACCUCAAAGAAACGAUUUCCAAGAGAGCGAAGUAACUAACAAGACAGAUAUUCCAAACACCAUGAAUAUAGACAGUAUACCGAAAAAUAAAGUUCGAUCAACAUUGAAAGAUGCGGUUAUCACGAUAACUCAGCAAAAAAUAUCCGAAGAAGGAUCUAACUCAAAACAACCUAUUGAUAACAAAUCAAUUGAAAACGACGACGGUGAUUUAGAUAAUGACGAAGACGAUGAAGUGUUAUUUGAUAUCAUUUCUCAACAGAAACCGAAUACAAAGUAUGAUUCGAAACCAAAACCAAAUGAACCGACUAUAACGGAAAGUGAUGAAAUGCUAGAUGAUUCACUUCUGGAUAUAUUCGAUGACCUUGAACAAAAUUCUCAGGUCCCAAAGGAGGAACCAGUUUGUGAUAAAACAAACACCGUUCCGCAACCAGGUUAUCCUAAUGGUGAGAACAAUAAAACAAUUAACGAGUACUCUGAAAGGGCUAAAUGUGCUAAUGAAAAGAAAGGGGUAUGUCGAUUGGUUGUUCUUUCAAUUCGUGAAAUGACACUUCCAAAGAUCGGCAUUCAGAAAAUUUUAACUUGUAUAGAUAGCAAAGGGUCUAAGGUACCAGUAAUUCUUCGUAAUCCGUGGGUCUAUCUAGAUAUCUAUGAAGGUGAUGUUAUCCAUAUUAUAGAGGGUAAGAAUUUUGCAAAUAAAAGGUUACUAUCACAGGAUAAAGAUCCCCAAACACUUGUCGAAAACGAUAAUUUAUUAAUUCUGCAUCCUGACUUAUUACUCUCAGCAACAACCAUCGGGUCCUCUACAAAAUGUUUAAGAUGCAGUGUUAUUGAUAACAUGUUCCAGGAUAUAAGAAAUGAACAAAGUAUUAGUAUGACGAUAGGAAAUAUAGUACAUGAGUUAUUACAAGACGCAUUCAAAUACAAACUUACACAUAAAAAACUUACAAUAGAUUAUUUUACAGAGAGAUUAAAUGAACUGUUAGACACAUAUUCCUUUGCUAUCCUAGUAUGUAAUGAAAAUGUCGAUGAUGUGAAGAACACAAUCAUGGAAACACAUGUCCAAAAAAUAUUGAGCUUUGUGAACAAAUUUGUAACAUCUGAUAAUUUCGAAAGAUAUGUUCCAAUCGCUAAUACGAAAAAAAGCCAACCCAUCUCUCUCCCAGACAUUAUCGAUAUCGAAGAGAAUAUAUGGUCUCCAUCAUUUGGGCUGAAGGGUUUUUUGGAUGUAACAGUCGAUGCAAAUACAGAAAAUAAACACCAAAUUGUACCCUUAGAAAUCAAAACAGGAAAAUAUAAGAGUCAAGCACAUGAAGUCCAAGGAUUAAUUUAUACGCUGCUUCUCAGUGACCGAUAUGAUAUAUUUACUGAUUUCUUCCUAUUGAUGUACACUUGGGAGGAAGGAAUGGUCAAAUAUAGAAGGUUACCUGACAAAAUCAGACAUAUAUUGAUGACAAGAAAUAAAGUAGCAUCUGCCUUAAACUACCGUCUUUCAGAAAUAAAGAGUAGAGGACAAACAAUAUUUCCUGUGCCGACAGUGGAAGAGAAUCCUUCAAAUUGUACUUAUUGUUAUAACAAAGCUGUGUCAAUGAUUUUGUUCAAACUCGUGGAAAAUGGUGAUGCUGAAGGAUGCAGGAUUCCUAAAGAAGAGUAUGAGCAAUUAACAGCUCACUUACAAACUGACACUAGGAAAUACAGAGAAUUUUUCCUAAAAUAUAAUGAUCUUGUUACAAAAGAGGAAUCCAGUGUCUGUGCUUCUAAUCAAGAUCUAUUUCUGAUGACUGGGGAGGCUAGAGAGUCACACAAUGGCCAUUGCGUUCAUAACUUAAAAGUAUGUAAUAUUACAAAGGAUGAAGAAAUCGAAGGACAAUAUUUAUAUCAAUUCAAGAGACGAGAUACAGCUACACAAAAGCAUUAUUCAAUUUUACAAUCACAAAUAUCUCUUGGAGAUAGGGUCAUAGUUAGUGACGAAAAAGGCCAUUUUUCAAUAACCUCAGGAAAUAUCAUCGAGUUAACUGAUGAUUCGGUAACAGUCUCAACCAAACGAAAGCUAUUAAACAACAAAAUAUCAUCUGGGCGAAACAAUGAAUCUAAAAUAGAAAGUGUAAUAGACCCCACAAUAAAGGAGUCUGAUAUCAUAUCCACGCAAAAUGAGGUUACUUAUAGAAUUGACAAAUAUGAUAUACAGCAACCUUUAUCGGGUGCAAGAUUUAAUCUUCUGAAUCUUUUCCUUCCUCCCAUCAAAAAGGGCACAUUUGUACUUAAUGAGAAGACCAACGAACAACGACUGUUAAAGUUGUCUGAAGGUGGUGAUGAAAGAAUGAAAAAAUUUCUUGUGGAUAAUAUUGCACCACAGUUUCUAUCAAAGAACAGUAAACCAUUCCUUCAGAAUUAUCUUCCUGGGGACUCUACUUUUAAUGAGGAUCAACACAAGGCUUUAAAUCUCUGCCUUAGAGCGGAAGACUAUGCGUUAAUUCUGGGUAUGCCUGGCACUGGUAAAACUACGUUAAUUGCAGAGAUUAUUAAAAUAUUAGUCAAGAACGGUAAAAAAAUAUUACUAACGUCUUAUACACACUCUGCUGUGGAUAAUAUUCUUUUAAAACUUACCGAUGCUGAUAUUAAAACUAUUCGGUUAGGUUCAGAGAGAAAGAUACACCCUGAGACUAGAAAAUACAUGGUAGAUUAUACAUUGGCUAAGAGUUACAAUGAAUUUUUGAGCAUAAUUAAUGAAACCUCAUUAGUGGCCACCACUUGUUUAGGUAUUAACGAUUUGCUAUUUUCUUAUAAAGAAAAGGAUUUUGAUUAUGUAAUACUUGAUGAAGCUAGUCAAGUUUCUUUACCAGUUGCAUUGGGACCCCUUCGUUUUGGUGAGAAAUUUAUAAUGGUUGGUGAUCAUAACCAAUUACCGCCACUUGUGAAAAAUGAAAGUGCUAGACUUGGUGGACUGGAAGAUUCUUUAUUUAAGAUACUGAGUGAAAAACAUCCUGAAAGUAUGUCAGAAUUAACAUUACAAUAUCGUAUGUGUGGUGAUAUUAUGAAACUAUCCAAUUUUUUAAUAUAUGAUAAUAAAUUGAAAUGCGGAACAGAACAAGUUGGUAAUCAAUCAUUAAAUAUUCCAAAUCUUUCAUUUAUUUCGAAAUAUAAAUUGCUAGUUACUCAACGAGAUUGGUUAGUUGAUAUUAUGGAUCCUCAAAGAAGGGUUGUGUUUGCGGAUUAUGAUAGAAAUUCAAGUAUCAUUGAAAAUAUUGAAGGUGAUAAUAUUAUUAAUGAAGGUGAAUGUAAAUUAAUUUGUCAAAUGGUCGAUGGUCUAAUUUUAUCUGGUGUACCAUGUAAUAGGAUUGGUGUUAUGACACUUUAUAGAGCACAAUUAAGAUUAUUACAAAAUUCGUUUAAAGAUGAAAAAUAUGAUGGGUUAGAAGUUCUAACGGCGGAUCAAUUUCAAGGUAGAGAUAAAGAUUGUAUUUUAAUCUCCAUGGUAAGAAGUAAUGAUGAUUUAAAUGGUGGCUCGCUAUUAAAAGAAGUAAGGAGAGUUAAUGUUGCAAUGACUAGAGCUAAAUCCAAAUUAAUUAUCUUAGGAUCCAAGGAUACUAUUAGUUCAAUUAGUGGCAUAAAAGAAUUUAUCAGUAUGUUACAUCGUAACGGCUGGAUAUACAAAUUACCUGCUGAUUGUCUGAAUAUUUAUAAUUUCGAGAAGGCAUUCUAG